AUGUCACAUAUGAAGCAAACCGAAACGCGUGGAAAUGGUGAUCAAUUAACCACAACCACAGUAGCGUUACCGUUCAUCAAAGAAAACCUAGUAGGCUUUGGUUGGAAACUCUUCCUCCUACGAAAGUCAUGGCUAGAGGGGGGCCUAAUCAUUUGCAAGAGAAUUGCCUUCAAUGAGCUGGCUUUGGCAGGCACAGAUGGGUCCCAACGGUUAGAGGUCCGGGGCAAGGAUCGAGCCACGGCUCGUGGUGGCUUCUUGUGCUUGCUGCAGCGGAAGGCCCCAGGGUGCGUGCUGGGUGAGCACAGGCACGUGCGUGAUGAGGAGCCUUCAAGAUCAAGGGCGAAAGAAAGCUCGAAUAUUGAGGAAGGUCGGAUUGUAACAGAAAAAUGGGAGUCAUCCACGGAGGAGGCUUCUAUAUCCGGGAGAGAUGCUUCGAAGGUCCAACGAGUGGUCGACGAGUGUGAAGAAGAGAAUGUCACAAAAUGA